AAUGUCCUUUAGAAACACGUAUGUCGAUCUGCGAUUGUUAGGGGCUCGGACAACAAAACGAGCUCGCGCUCCAACGGUGUUUUUCCAUUUGAGUUCUGUGGGUGUUACGAAGGGUUAGAACAAGAGUGUAAACACAAUCCAGAUAAAGAGUUUAUACAGCUCGAACGUGACGUUAUAUAAAGAGCUCACGUGACCCUGCGCGAGAGGAACGUUUGACGGAACAGCUGACAGAGGGAUUGACUGAGGCCAGGUCACCACAGAAACGCUUUUCGGAUCAAAAUAACUACGCUGUUUCCACUACGACAGUACCCAUGGCUUCAGCAAAAUGCUCGAGAUAUUCCUUGUACUGGGAGGAGACUGAGUGCCUGAGCUACUAUGAGAUGCUGUCCCUCCAUGAGAUCUUUGAAAUCGUGGGCUCCCAACUCACAGAGACUGAUGUUGAGGUUUUGUCCUUUCUUCUCGAUGAAGCUUAUCCUGGAAAACAUCCACUUGAUCCAGAGGGAUGGACUGAUGAGUUGCCUCCAGGUCCUGAUGGGUCUUCGCGAGGUAAUUCUCCAUGUCCUCGCCUUCUGAAAACAUGGCGAAGCAUACAGCGGCAGAAUGAGCCGUGCCUCAGACCCAAGAGUGGUGUUGAACUGCUGUUGGAAUUGGAGAGGCGAGGAUACUUGAGCGAAGCAAACCUCAAACCUUUAUUACAGUUGUUGCGAAUUCUGACACGACAUGAUGUCCUGCCUUUUGUUUCACAAAAGAAGAGAAGAACAGUGUCUCCAGAGCGAGAGAAGGUAGAAUACCAAGUGGUGGAUACCAGCAGGGACACACAAUUAAGCUCAAUCACAGAUAUACCAUCCUUGGGAAACAGACUAGAUCACCAGUGGAGAGCAGGGACUGGCUCUUCCAUGACAACAACCACCCCUGUCCGACGGAAGCGAGGUAGAGGUCACCACUGGGGCAGAAAGUCUAGGGGCAAGCCUGAAAUUCAGCCUCAGCCAACACCCAACAAAGUGACCUGCGAUGUCCGGCUACGUGUACGUGCAGAGUAUUCGGAGCAUGAGUCGGCCCUUCGUGGAGGAGUUUCUUCAGACAAGCAGCAGCCGUUGGAGAGGCAGUUUGAACUGUUCAGCCGAGCGAGUGCACUGCUCCGUACCCGGGAUCUGGGCUGUAUUGUUUGUGAUAUCAAGUUCUCGGAACUUGCCAACCUGGAUGCCUUCUGGGCAGACUAUCUGAGCGGGGCGCUGCUCGAGGCACUGAAAGGAGUCUUCAUCACAGACUCUUUGAAAAGGGCAGCGGGGCAGGAGGGGGUCCGGCUGCUUGUCAGUGUGGAUCAAGAUGACUACGAGGAGGGCAGGAAGCUGUUGCUCAGAAGCCAGACACCUAAUGGGACAAACUGGGGAGCACAAAGUUUGCCCUGAGAAAUGUCAGUUUCACGUGGGACCUUCAACUAUGAUGGAUGAAGAAAAUUGUGUUUUGCCUUUUUAUUUCAUUGCCCAUUGAGUGUUGGUGACCCUGGGAAGGAGAGCCUGUUGGAAGAGUCUAGAUUAAACCGGACAGCUGUUUUUUGGACACUGACUGUUUCUGAAGGAGAAAGGAUUGAGUGUUCAGAGGUUAGGUUCAAAUAUAGGGCUGUCUUUCUCUCUCCCUCUGCUGCAGGUCAGUUUAAACAUGGACAAAUGCACACCCAUAGAACACAAAAGAUGGAGAUUCUGCAUCUGUACCACUCUGGUCUGGUCUGACACAGGUGGUAUGUGGAUAGAAGUUUUUUCCAAAUGUGAUGUAUGAAUUUAAAAUAACCUCUUUGAUAAAAGAUAGGAAUGAUGGGAAUACACAACAAAUAUGUAACCCGAAAAAAUAUACGAAUCGGAGAAUGAUUAAUAAACAUUCAAAUGUAUAGUUAACAAAAAGAUUGUCAGGAUUUUUAUUUUUAUUAAAUCUCCUGUUUGAAAAAGUUUUGAAAGAUUGAAUGGUAACUUAAUUGUUUAAGAGUUUGGGCUGCUAACAAUGCUUCAGAUGACCAAAUGUACACUUCCACCAUAGGACCAUUUAAUUUGUUGUGUAAUUUAACUGCUCCAGAGUGCUUUGUUGUACUGCUUAUAACAGUCGACUUGGAUAACUUUGGAAAUCCUUCAUACAGUACCUGAUUGGAACAAAUCUAUCAAAGUUGCCAAAUUUAAAGCUGUAUUGAGGAUGGGGAAAUACCACAAGAUGAAACUGAGAUUAACUCUGCUUUUUUUACAACAAGGAUUUUCUACUGCUGUGAGAUCACAUGUGUCCCAACAUCUGUUAUUUGUCUCAGAAACAAGGUCAUGGAUUAUCAAGGUAAACUGAUGAUAGAAAAAUGAUUAUUAAUUAUAAUUAGAAGACCCAUGAUUUGACACCAGCCUUGACACAACUGGAUUAUCCUCUAGUCAUGUUUCUGGACUAAAGUGUUCUUAUGAAGAAAGAAUUUGUUGACCCUUUUGUUACAUUUGUACUCUUAUGACAAAAAUGCAAAGAAGAUAAAAGUUCAGUAGUAUUUAGUGGUAAUUGAGUUUGGAACAGUCCAGUCAUGUCACUCAUGUAAGUGAUUUGGGAGUGGAACGUUGAACGCUUUUGUGUUUUCAUGUUUUUGUUUAAAAUGAUAUCACUUAAUAUUGUUUUGGAGUAUGUACAUUUAUGUAACUGUAUAAUUCUUAAUAAAGUCCUGUCAGAAAAUAA